AUGUGGAUCAUUUCAUUCUGGGUCUUCCCUCUCAUAUCGGCAUGCGUGUGGGUUGCCAUGUUGAUUGCCAUGCUCGCUGUAUGGGCCAGAGAAGGCGAACCGAUCUAUAGUUCAGAGGAAUCUGGCCAGACCGUUGCAUACAUCUCCGAUAUUGGUGCCUCGGGCCUAAAACCGCUCUUCAUCGCCGGUAGUGUGGUGACUGUCGUCUUCCUGGACUUGGCUUUCUUGGCUGAGCGCUGGCUGCGUCACGCUGGCCAGCUUGUGUCGAACCGCGGCUGGUUCGAUAAGCUGUGUGCGUGUUUCUCGAUCUUCUUCGCCAUUGCUGGCGCGCUUGGCUUGAUUCUGCUCUCCAUUUUCGAUACCAAGCAUUAUCCGAAGAGACACGAUGGCUUCCUGGUCAUGUUCAUUGUUGGAUACGUUGUCAGUGCCAUCUUGAUUUGCGCCGAGUACCUUCGCCUGGUUAUCUUCUAUCGUUCUCAGCACCGCAUCCUGUUGAUCAGCUUCGUCAUCAAGCUCUGCUUUAUUAUCAUCGAAGUCGGCCUCGCCAUCGGUUUUGGAGUCUGCAUGGGAAGCAAUGACAAAUCGAAGAAGAAUCCCGGUGCCAUCCUCGAGUGGGUCAUUGCCUUUGUCUUCACCGGAUAUAUCCUCUCCUUCGUGGUCGACCUGCUGCCCUCUGUCCGCACUCGCAACCACGUGCCUCAGGGUGAGAAGCGCAGCGUCAUGUCCCAUGGAGAUGAUGGGUCUCACAACGUGUCGCUGGAGGAGCCCUUGACAUACGACUCGCAAGGACCCAACUAUUAUCGUGGCCAGCGCACCUAA